UCACUGAACAGUACCUAACGAAAUUUCCAACGAAGCACCCCUUACUUGCAUCGAGCUUGUCUGCCUUGUCUUUAUAACCCAUCCUCUCUUGUUUUCUUUCUUGCAAACUUUUCCCAGAAAACCAGUUAGUUUUUUUUUGAGAAAAUUCAAUGGGAAAACCUGGACUCCUUGAUCUUGAGAAGCACUUUGCCUUCUAUGGCGCAUAUCACAGCAACCCCGUUAACAUUUUUAUACACAUAAUUUUCGUGUGGCCGAUUUUCUUCACUGCUCUUGUUCUGUUCUGCUUUGUACCUCCUUUUUAUGAUGUUGCAUUUUUGCCAUCUGGGUUGUUUAAUUCUCCCCUCGUUUUGAAUUUCUCAUUCUUGUUUGCCCUGAUCUACGCUUCUUUCUAUUUUUGUAUGGAUAAGAAAGCUGGUUCUUUGGCGGCUUUGCUUUGUUUCGCUUGUUGGGUUGGGGCCAGUUUUGUUGCUAAUAGACUCGGAUACUCUCUUGCUUGGAAGGUUGUGCUAGCAGCUCAGGUUAUCUGUUGGACUGGACAGUUUCUGGGUCAUGGUAUCUUUGAGAAACGGGCACCAGCUCUUUUGGAUAACCUUGUUCAAGCCUUUUUGAUGGCUCCUUUCUUUGUAUUGCUCGAGAUUCUCCAGACAGUCUUCGGCUAUGAACCGUAUCCAGGGUUUCGUGCAAAAGUUGAAGCAAAGAUAGAUGCUGAAAUCAAGGAAUGGAAGGAGAAGAAUCAAAAGAAAAAUUCUUAAUUUAAUCCGGUCUGCAUAAGUUCUAACGAUCUGUGUGUAAAAUGUAUACAUAAUGAAUGCAGUCAUCCAUUCGAUAUAUUAUAAGUUUAAAAACAUUUGAAUGGAGGCUCAUGAAUCUGUUCCUCCUUGAAAAUGUAUGACAUGCGUAUAGUCUUGUUUCUCAUUAUGUAUAAUUUAAGACAAUCAGAAGAAGAAUAUAUAUUUUUCUUUUGUAA